CUUCUCUCAAUGAAAAACUGAAUUUUGUCGAAAUUUCGUACGUUUCUUACUCCGUUUUUAUUUCUUUUCGAAUAAUCAUUCUCCAGAAAAUAGUUUGACGUUUAAAUUUUGGCUAGCUGAAAAAUUUGAAAGUUCUCAUUGCCAGUUGUUUUUCCAGCAACAGUUCCUUUGUAAAUCCUGUAUUCUUUUGUCAUGUCAUCUUAUCAGUCAGUCAACGUCAGCCAGUUCCCGUCGGGAUAGCGUUCGGUGCAGACAUGCCAGUGCUUCUCCCCUGCUCUCACACAGCGUCGCGAAACAUUUGCGAUUCGGAAAAACUUUUCUAAAUUAAACUUUCAAAAUCGUACUUCAACUGUUAAUAAAUCGACGAUGUCGUCAGCGGAGAUUGCAUCGAAAAUGUUUUUGCGCGAAAACGAAACAUUGAACGACUUUUUUAAUCGUUGCAACAAUUUGUCGCACUUCGAUUGUAGUGAAGAAGAGAUGUUGUGGUGGAUGAUGGGGUCCAGACGGUUGCCUUUGAAGGAGAUAGUGCCGAUCAGUAUUGUCUUGGUGGUGAUAUUUCUCACGGGUGUGGUGGGCAAUGUGUGCGUGUGUGUGGUCAUCGUGAAACACCCGGGCUUGCAUACGGCCACCAACUAUUACUUGUUCAGUUUGGCUGUCAGCGAUUUGCUGCUUUUGAUGUUCGGCCUACCCAACGACCUAACAGUGUACUGGCACCAGUACCCCUACAGUCUGGGGUUGGUAUUCUGUAAGCUGCGUGCGCUGAUAUCAGAGGCUGCCACCUACGUGUCCGUAUUGACGAUAUCUGCAUUCUCCUUGGAGCGAUACCUGGCCAUCUGCCACCCUCUGCACCUGUACGCCAUGGCCGGCCUCACCCGCGCCUCGCGCAUCAUCAUGAUCCUGUGGCUGAUCUCCGUCGUGUGCGCAUCUCCGUUCGCCCUCUACAGCGACAUCACCUACAGGGAAUAUCCACCAAAUUCCGGCAACAUGUCACAGCAGUCAGCGUUCUGCGCACUGAUGGCCCCGUCUCCCCUACUGGAACUGAGCAGCAUAUUCUUCUUCUUUGUCCCGGGCAUCCUCAUUCUCUGCCUCUACGUCAGGAUGGGGCUACAUAUCAGAUCCACUCGAAUGAUAAAGACGAAAGUUGGCUUGCUGAAUGGCCACAUCCACGGGGAAACACGACAGUCGAAGUCUCGAAAAACCAUCAUUCGUAUGUUGGCUGCAGUGGUGGUGGCGUUCUUUGUGUGCUGGGCCCCUUUCCACGUGCAGCGCCUGUUCUUCAUCUACGGCGAGGGCAUGGAGCAGUUCCAGCUCAUCAACGAGCACCUGUUCAACGUGGCUGGAGCGCUUUACUACGUGUCAGCUACCGUCAACCCGAUACUGUACAACGUCAUGAGUGGCAGAUACCGGAUAGCGUUCCGAGAGACUUUGCUUUGUAGCGGUCUCAAACGCACCGACUCCCAGCCCUUCACCUUGGAGCACACCAGUUGCCGUGACGUCACCUCCAUGCCGAGCUUCAAGAACAGCUACCGUCUCCGUGACCAACGGGUCUCCUUUAUCAGCAAAGUGGACUACAUAAAAGACCCGACACCAUGCUGCCUGGAAAACGGCGACUUGCUUGAUCACAAAUACUUCGGUGACGUCAAGAAAGUCUAUUUGAGUGAAUGUGAUUCGAAGAGGAGUGAACAAUGACUUUGUUAUUAAGUACCCACAGUGGAUUAAACUUUGAAGGUUGUGUAAGUUUUAACUUAAGAUCCAUUGUUCCGUGGUUAAUAUUAAGUGGCUGGACGGUGUGAAAGGAAAUCAGGGAUAGUUACCUAUUGGACAAGAGAUUUUUUUUCAUUCAUUAUUCCGCAUAAUGAAUAAAGUCGUGCGGUGGAAUUCAGCAAGAAUGUAUAUACUAUUUUUGACGUUGAAUGUUAGACAAUAAGUUAGUAAAAAAACAUGAGCCAAAAGCGUUUAGAAUAGGUUAUUUAAGAAGAGAUUGUAAACGAUAUUACGUUAUUUAUUCACACUUGCAGUGCAUCCAUAAAAAGUAGAUGAGUAUUUAUAAUUCUGUUGGUUAUAUCGGUAAAAAAACGAAAAUAGAAAUUAUGUUUUCAGAUAUGCGCCAAUAUGGCGUCUUACAGGCGUAUGACGUCAAACGGUACCAAAGUAAUCUCACUUCGAUAACAUUUUUACAAGCAAGUAACGUCUUCGACGACAACUACUUUUUAGACAAAAUUGUAACGGUAAGAAAGAAGACAGGUUAGACAGAAGAAAAGAGAAGUGACAUCGCUCUCAAUAUUCAUGUUAAAUAGACAUGCCAAUAAUAAUUGGUACUUUAUUUUCAUGCUGUCAAAUAGCCUAUAACACAAAAAAAUAGCUAUUGUUAAAUAUAUGUGAUUAUUCAUGAAUAAGAUUAUUAUUAUAAAUAAUAAUAAAUAAGAUUUCGCAUAAGCAUUUCAGAUAGUAUAUAAGUUCCUUGGUGUGACCAUAUUCUCUUUUAUGUUUUUUUUCUUCUAUAGAUUAGGGAACGAUUGCUCUCAAACAAUCGGGCCAUAAAAUUGAUUGAUGAUUAUGUGUUGUAAUGAAUAUAAUAUAUUUUUUAAAAAGAAAACUAAAACUUGUCCCAAGUACAGCUGGAUUUCGUUAGUUUAAAAUUUAUUUUACCUGAACUAAUAUUUAAAAAUAUAUUAUUCUAUUUGAACACGACACACCUAUACUCAGCAAGAACUGAGAAAAAAAGGUUUUAGCAUCGGCGUCAUAAAGUUUAUUUUUCCUCGAUUUUUUUCUAAUCUCUGAAUCAUUCAAAAUCUUAUCAGUAGCGGGUCGAUGUUUAGAAAUUAAAAAAAAAACAAUAUCGUUUAUUCAGUCUAGGCUGUUACAAGUACUAUUAAAUGUCGAAAAGCUACGACAUCAAUUUUCCAUCAUAUUAUUCCUUGAACACGCUAAGAGUUAAAUCUUUACCUUUAACAUAGACUCGGUUGGCUUGUAUUAUAUAAAUAAUAUAUAAAGAUUCCUUUGUCAUUGUCAGUAUUAUAAGCACAUAAAUCAUUCUUAACUUUACUUAGAAGUUCAGUAGCUUGUUUACCCCGAUAAGUGGAAAUAAACAAGAUAAGCAAGUACCAACUUCACUGUACAAUGUUGAAACGCCUAAUCUCUUCUGGUACUUAUUUCUUUGGCUGCAGGGCAGAGCCAUCUCUUCGUAUUGUAAGUGGCUUAAUUUCAAACAAAAUACCUUUACAAGUAUUAAACAUUAGAAAGAAGAAAUGAAUAUUGUAGAUUUAUUAUUAUAUAUUUAUUUUUUAAGGCAUCAACUGCUAAAAUUAAUAUUCCGUCUGAAACACGGAAGUGUUUUUUUUUCUAGUAAUAUUACAAUAUUCCCUACCUACAACCUAUUAAAAACUUAAUGUGUAGUAAAAAGUAACCUUAUUACUUGAAAAUAUGCAGGGACCUCAAGUAACAGUCUACUAGUUUUCUUAAUUUUAUUUUUGGACUUGCAUAAAUAAUUUAGUAGUUAUUUACUGUUAUAUACAUUGUAUAACGAGUGGUAUUAAAACACGGAUGUGGGUUGUGAUAAUAGUAGUAUCAAAUGAGUGUUUUAAUACCUAACUAUACCAGUUGCAUAUAGUACUUUAUCUAUACCAAUAUGAAUUCUCUAUCAAAGAUUCUAAAAUCAUGGGGCGUUCUCAGAUCUUAAAUUCAUAAAAAGUUUCCAGCACUGUAGAAACUCGCGUGAAUGUCAAUAUUCUUUUUUUAAAGGGUCUGUCCCCAGCAGUGUUGCCAGGUCCGUUUUUUAAAAAUCGGGAAAAUUCAGAAAAACAGGAGAUCUCCUGUAAAAUCUGGAGACCUGGCAACACUGGUCCCCAGUUUUGAUUGGAGACUAUUAGCACUAAAGAGCUGUAAUUUUGUGGAGAUAUAAUAUAUUUAUAUAUUAUAUCGAUCACGUCGACUAAAUGGUAGAACAAAAUUUAGAAAAAUAUUUUUAAGCUAUUGCAUAGAUUUUAUCGCGGGCUUUGAGCGUGGCGACCGAAUCCAAAAAAUCCGUAACGAAAAUAACGUGACAACUGUGCAUAUGAACACAAUUUCCGCCUUUCACAUAUCGAUCGAAACGGCGCACGUGUUAAAUUUUUGCCACGACCAACGUUCGACGCAUCACCGCGGUUGUCGGUUCAAAUCCCGCACUCGUAUUUUUUUAUUUAUUUUAUUCCUUCUUUUAUAUUUGUUUUAGACCCCAGCACCUGUUCUUAUUUUUAGUUGUCUCCCUUUUAUUUAGACUUCAUAAUUUAAAUUUUUGGACUAAAGAUGGUAAACUGUGGAGCUUGUGGAAGUUUUUUGACGCAAGGCAAUGCUGUUUUUGCUGUGCUUGCCCAAUAAAAUAUCAUAAGGCCUACCUCUAUAUCAAAGAAAAAAAAAUACUGCAUUAAUAAAAUAGAGAUAUAUAUAAUAGAUUUUUAGAGUAGCUCACCUACAUGUAACCUGGGGAUAACCCCAUCGUGUGGGAUAUCGUUGAAUAGGUCCUUUAAAAUAACUAGGGGGUACCUAAGACUAGUUUUCGAUUUAGGGAUCUGUUCGCGACUUAUUGAACUUUAAAGUCCUUAUUUUUGUACGAGUAGGUCGUCGUCGUCGUCGCCCCCCCCCCCCUUAAAAGCAAAACUAUUGAUUUGAAAAACCUGGAAUAAUUUUCAUGAUAGUGCUGUGCUUUUCAUGAACUUUUAAGGAAAACUAUAACGGUUAAGACAGAUUUGUUAGUUUAAGACUAAUAGUCGUUCAAAUUUGGUUAAAGAAAAUUUCUUACAUUAAAAAUUCUUUGCAUUGCAACAAAAUCUAAAAGAAACUAUUUGACAACCACAAUGAAAUAUCAUUAGUUCCACAACGCUACCGCGAAGUACCAACGGCAACGGUUUCUGAGUCGCGCUAACGUUACGUUUCAAAAGAUAUCAUAAUCUUCAAAAGAUCGGCGGUUAUACCUCAUCAUCGCCUUCUCAAGGAAUGAUAGCUUCAAAUGAAGAUUGUAAGGCCCUUCUGGCCAUAAGCAUGAACUAAGGGUGUGUUUUAGUCCGUAAGAGACUGACAUAUCCUUGCAACCGGCUGUAGGGUAUCCUUGAGGAUUUCACACCCGCUCCCCCGCCUGGGAGGAAACAAAAAAAGAUCGGCGGCAUUCACAGGUAUUUGAAAACAAAUUAAUAUCAAAUUGAUUUGUGUUUGAGACGCAGUUUGACUUUGAUUUAGGUAUAUUUGUUGAGAUAUAUCAAUCUAUGUAAUUGAUAUUAAUAGUUUUUCUAAUUUCCGAUAUAGAAAAUAUAGACUCUUGUUCAAAUAUAUUGUGGUAACUACAUGCAACUACGGAACCCUACACUGCGCGUGACACGACACACACUUGGCCGGUUUUUUUAAUAGAUAAUAACCACGCAUCCAGAAGUGAAAAUUGCGGAUGUCUAAUGAAUAAACCCAUGGUGCGGCAGGGAUUUAAAAGCGAAGGAGUGUUAUUAUAAAUUUUAUUUAAAAAAAACAUUAUACCUAACACCCAAAUUGUUUAUUACAUUCUAGUAAAUGAAGACCAGAUCUGACUAUUCAUUUGAUCUUGCAACUGCAACGAACAGACGAGCGUAAUCUUAUUUUAUCUAUGUAUGAAUACAGUUCAUGAAUUAUGUAAGCUGUAACAUUUCGUGAAAUUCGGGAUUUAUUUGCUAUGAUUCUUAAGAUAUCAUCUUAUCUACCCUUAUAUUAAAACAUUUGUUUUAAUCUACCAGUCUACUAAAUUAAAUACCUAAUGAAAUCAUCAUACUGAAAGAGAAUGAAAAUCAUAUUAUUUCAUUAUCUCUCUUCACGACGCGCCUCGCUUGUCUUUUACUUAUAACAAUUUCAUUCAGAAAUAAAUCACAUUGCAUAUUUCAAUAAUUAAAAAAGGCAAAACUAUGACUUGUAUGCUUAGAUUAAAACAAAAAGGGUAGAUACGACACUAGCCUCACAAAAGUGAUCCGCAUGAAUUGUGGUCCACGACCCUAAUCGCUUUAGUCACAACUUGACAUGCAAACGACGUACAUGUGAACGCCAAAAAUAGAUAUUGCUAAUAUUUUGUGUUUAUAUGAUAAAACAAUGCCUAAGUGUGUUUUUAAAAAGUGCUCAAAUUGCUCAAGAACUAAAAAUAAAACUCACGGCAUCACUUUUCAUUCGUAAGUACUAUGAAAUAUAUAUUUUCAUAAAAAAUGCUGUUUGUUUGGAAUCUUAUUCGGUAGUGACGUCGAGUACUGGUCGCGUAAUUGGUCGGUAGUGCAGUGACGCGAAUCUCGCCGUCUCGUUCGCGCUGCCGUUGAAACUUAACGUGCUGUUUCGUUCGGGUCGGUAAUGCAGUGACGCGGAUCUCGCCGUCCCGUUCGCGCUGCCGUGGGAUCAGUUUUUGUUUG